AGUUAUCGAUUUUGCAACACUAAUGGUGUAUCGAAAGAAUAUCAAGAAAGCUUUCGAUUUGAUUAACGAGGAGUCUAAGAGAAGGCGUGUGGUGGGAGGUCGCGGGUUGGCCAUGAACUGCUGGCGGCUGCUCGACGCCACGGCGGCGCACGGGGCGCUGCAAGAUGUCCGCAAGAUGUUCGAGUUACUGACCUCGCAGAGGUAUUGUAAGCCGACCAACGCGUUGCUGGGACCUUUGAUACGCGCCCAUUUAAAACACGAUAAUCUCCAAGAAGCGGUACAAGAGUUUGUACGUCUCGCGAAUAAAUAUAACAAAACGCCUCUAAAACAUGAGCUAUUGUGCAAAAUACUGCAGACCAUGAACGAUGGACAAUCUGAAGACAAUUUCCUCACAAACGAGAGGUCCAAUGGAAGACUGAACAAAUUAGCACAGACUAUAUUAAACAUCGAUAAGAAAGUCCACGGCCCCGGCGAUGUACAGCUUACACUAAUAGCAGCGCUAGCAGAAGUCGGAUACAAGAAGACACUUCGCAAGCUGUUUCUAGAUCCGACAGUAAAGUUCCACCCAGACGCGUUAUCACGAAGAUGCGAGCGAUUCGCAGAUGAGAAAAAGUGAAUGCGUUGGAGACGAUAGCCAUGUGUGCGAAGGACCUUCGCCAUAUCGACGUCGAUGAGAUAUACGAGCUUAUAUUAGAUAUACACCAACGCGACGACAACUAUCAAGAAGCAAUGUCAUUAUGGACGCGAAUGCAAGAAGCGGAUAUACCACCCUCGCA